CACUUGAACUGUGGAAACAGUACAAGACAAUUGCGUCCUCCUGGAACCCACUAGUUUUCAAUAGUUGCAAAGGCAAAGUCCUCCGGCCAUGAAUCCUUUGACAGACUGAUCAUGCAUCCUCAAGGAUACUAAUGCACUACCUGCUGGACUUCUGCAUCAACUUGACUUUGAGCUUUGUUAGUAUCAUCAAUGGCAUACACCCACAUGCGCAAUAGGGUCACAAUUGUAGGAGCAAUGCUUCUUAUGUCUGGUGCCAUUUGUUUUGCAUGGUGGAGUGAUGAGCAACCAGACCCCACUCAAAGCCCAGAACCGUCAUCCAAUGAAGAAGUGGUGGCAGCUAUCCAGCAAACGUCCUUGAACCCAUUACUAAGAUCAAUCAGUGUUUUGUUCUGCUUGAUUGGAGGAUUCUUGCUUUUUUUUGGCCUCCUUUGGUCUGCAAAGGUGAAUAGGCAAAUGUCCAGGGGUUACAGACAUUGGAAUAGAACAACUGUGUAUUUUAACACCACGGAGUGGAGAGCAAAAUAUAGACAAAGCAGUCCUGAUAACUUUCAAGUUCCUUCAUAUAAUGAGGCUCUGAACUGUAGACCAGUGGUGAUGGUGCCAUCUAGCAAUCUGCUGAUUCCACUACCUUCCAGAGAUCCAGAUCUUCCACCAUCAUAUGAAAUGCUAAUGGAUGUUGGCAGAGUUCGGCUUACACCCUGUAGGCGUAGUCUGUCUGACAGUGCACUGUCACAGAGAGUGCCGACUCAGAUUUUGCAUCAGGAAGAGCUUGGGUCAGGGUUUCUAACAUCUGCAACCUACACCACCCCUCCACCCAGCUACGAGAAUCUCCGCAUGCAGAUUUGACAAUGAAUGCCUGGAACUGAGGUCAAAGUAUUCAGGGCUCAAUGUUUCAAGAGUUGGGAAAUCUUGACGAACCUUUAAAACUGGCAGGUGGAAUCCAGGUGCAGAAUUCCCAUCAUUUCUGACAAAUCCAACUUUUGCACAUAAAGGGAAGAGGGAGGGGACAUGAAUCACAUGCUGAAUUCAGCAGGAUUGUUUGAAAUUUGUAUCGUGUUCAAACAUUUUGAGUGUUCUCAGGACCUUAACCUGCCGGGUAGGAGUUACAAAUUGUUGGAGCAUGCGUAAAUGCGGAUAUGGCCUCUUUAAAUAGAAUGAUGUGAAGUUGUUUUAUUUAAGAUAAUAUGCUCUUUAGACUUAAGUAAAAGGUUGCAGCUGAUGGUUAGAAUUUAAAAAUAAAACCCUCUGCUGGAUAGUUUUGGACCA